AUGACUUAUCUUUUUUUUUUUUAUAAAAAAAGGAAAUUAACCUUAAAAAAAAAGUCAGUUGAUGAACUCUACGGAAAGAGUGAUAUCGAUGCUUUUAAAGAUAAAAAAACUAAAGUCGAUUUAUCAUUAGUUAAAGGUGGUAAAAAAAAUAAUAGUAAACAACAAAAAAAACAAGAAGAAGAAGAAGAAAAAUAUAAUAUUGGUUUAGAUAUUUCAGAUGAAGAAGUUGAAAACUUUGAUAGUGAUCAAGAUGAUUUCGAAGCUGAAGAUUUCGACGAUGACGAAGAUGAUGAAAUUAUAGAAAAGAAAACCAAAAAGAAAAACUUAGAUUUAGAAAAUAAAUUAGCAUGGGGUAAAAAGAAAGAAGAUUUUUAUGGUCGUCAAACUGAUGCUAAAGAUGUUGGUUCAGAUGAAGAGGAUGAAGAAGAAGAGGAAGCUAAAGAAGUUGAAAAAUUCAGAAAACAAUCAAUUAAAGAUGAAGAUUAUCAAGAUGAUCAAUCAUUCAAAAAUUUAAUCAAUAAGAAAAAUAAUAAUAAAACUACAUUAAAACCAGAAGAAAAAAUGUUACAAUCAUUAAACUCUGAUUUAAACUCAAUUGAUUUUGGCAGUAAAAACUCACAAAUCGAAAAAUUAGAAAAGGAUAUUUCAAAUUUCACUAAAAAAGAAAAAUUACAAUACCUCAUUACAGAAUCACCAUUAUUAUUAGAGUUAUUAGAAGAUUUUAAGAUUAAAAUGAAUGAAAUCAAAACAUCAGUUUUACCAGCUUUAGAAAAAGUCAAAAAUAAUGAAAUUCCAACCAAUAAAGGUAUCAGUUUUUUAGAAACCAAAUAUCAAUUAUUAUUAAGUUAUUGUUUAAAUAUUACAUAUUUUUUAAUGUUAAAAUCAUCAGGUUCAUCAAUUAAAGAUCAUCCAGUUAUUGAUCAAAUUGUUAAAUGUAGAACAAUGUUGGAAAAGAUUCAACCAUUAGAUAAGAAAUUAAAAUAUCAAGUUGACAAGUUAUUAAAGAGUGCAAAUACAGGUUCAUUAGUUGGUGCAUCAAAAGAUGAUCCAUUACAAUACAAACCAAAUCUUUCAGCUAUUGAUGGUGAAGAAGGAAGUGAUGAUGGUGAAGCAGACGAUCAAGAUGAAGAUGGUUUCGAAUUUAUGAAAAAUGGUGUAUAUCAAGCUCCAAGACUUUAUGGUUCACGUGGUGGUUUAAUCGAUACUGAAGAUAUUGAAGCUAAAAAGAAGAGUAAGGAUAUUCGUGAUAAAAAGAGAGCAAUUAAAAGCUCAAUGGCUAGAGAACUCGAUGCCGAAUAUGGUGAUCAACCAGCCGAAGAGUAUGAUUAUUUCGAUGGUGGUAGAACAAGUAAUGGUAGUGUUUAUGAAACUGAUGCCCAAAAAGAAGUCAGAGAUUACGAAGAAAGCAAUUUCACUAGACUUCAAUUAAGCAAGAAGGAAAUCAAGAAUAUGAAAUCAAAACAAAAGAGAAUGAGCGAUGGUCUCGACGAUUUAGCUGAUUUUAGUGAAAUUAAUGGUCUUAUUGACACCGAAGAAGAUAAAGAAAAUAAAGAAAACCAAGCCUAUUUACAAAAGAAGAGAAUGCAAGCAGCUUUAAAUAGUGUAUCUCAAUUAAACGCCAAAAAGAGAAUUCGUUCCACCGAUGAAGAUGUACCAUUAGCAGAUAACAAAAAUAAAAAACUCAACACUAGAAUGUCCUCAUAUGACGACGAUGAUGAAAUCGAAAGUGAAGAUGAAGAAGAAAAAGUACCAGAAUUUGAUGGUAUUCCAAAAACAAAUUUCUACAAUGGCUCUGAAGAAACUGCUGAAGGUUCAAAGAGAAAAAUUAAUAAUACCAUCGAAAAGAAUAGAGGUCUCACCAGAUAUAGACCACGUGAAACCAGAACCCCACAUCUUAAGAACAGAGUUAGAUAUGAAAAAGCCACCAAGAGAAGAGGUAACCAAAUUAGUAAAGCCGAAAGAAAAGAUACAAAUUACACUGGUGUUAAAAAUAUUAGUGUUAAUGCUCGUAAAGCUCAACCAUAUCUUUCAUAA